AUGCUUGGUCUCUCUCUCCUGAGCCGGGGACACGGGAAGUUGGUCCAGAACAAACAGAAGUUGGAAGUCUAUUUUGAACCAGAGGACUAUUUGAACUGGAAGUCCCCGGAAGACUAUGUUCUGGUCAGCAAACCCCAGGAUGGAGACAGUGCCAGCCAGCACUCCUGGAGCCUCUUUCUUCCUAAGACCUUCAGCACAAGAAAGGGGGCGCUGAUCCUGUACUCAGAGGGGCUAGCUGUGUCAGCAUGGACACCCAAGGAGAGGAGAAGAGGUCACCGGAAGAAGCCAGACCUUGAACUGCACACGCUUCAAGACCUCAAAGAAGCCAUCUUGGCUUAUGGAAGGAGACAGAGGGAGCAGGACAGAGCCUGGCAGCCUUACCUCUACUUCCGAAGCAAGCCAGAGAGCCAGACUCUACGGCAGAUCCAGCCUGGGUAUUCAGCCAAGAGAUAUCUCCGGGGCCUUUUGCGGACAUGGCCCCAUACCAUGUACAGACUUCAGUGCGCAGGACAUAUCAAGGAUUCUGGCGCUGCUCCAGGAUGGUCAUCUUGGAUACCCAAGAAUCUCAGACCGCAGCAGGAUCUCUCGGGUGUUUUCCCCGAAAAUACCAUCUCCAUGCCUGUCUAACCCUCCGUUUGGGGGGAUUCAACGGAGACCGGCCUGGAGAAAGAGGAAGCUGGCACGGGCGCUCAUGUGGACCAGGGCUCUGCCACCCAGAACCACAGCAAUCCGGGGACCCACCCGACACCACUCAGGAAGCAGUCACGGCAGGAAGAUGAACGCCAGGCCGAGGAAGCAUUGAUAGAGAGCCACCUCCAUGUCCUCGCUCCGGAGGAAAGCCACAAUGAAAAGACACAGCCGGCCUCCAGGAAGGCCCUUGGGCGGGUCCACAUCAGUCAGCUCCAGCUUCCUAGCGACAGAGACCUCUUCACGGUCAACAGCGGUGCCUUACCCAGGGUAGAAAGGAACACGCAACCCCACAAGGCCAGAGGCAGCUGCUUGUCCCAGGAGCCUCCUGUUAGAGGGUGCCUUUUCCCUCCUAUACCAUCUGCCAUGGGCUCAGAACAAAGAGCCCUUGGGGAAACAAAGAAAAAAAAGGCGCCAAAGGCUCUGAAAUUACCUCCUGUUUCAGAAGAAUCACCCAGAGUCUUCAACCCCCUGAGGAGCCGUUUUAAAACCAAUGAGCCCCCAAUGGAGCUCUUCAUUAUCCCAAUGGAGAUUCAUUUCCAUGCCCCACAGGCCUCCAAAGAAAAGGCCUGCAGGAGAGGUGCUCAGCUCCCUGACUCCGAUCCAGAACCAGAAGAAGCCACAACUUUAUGGCGGCCUCCCCUGAAGCGUCUGUACUUAGAAAGGCUCAGGGGGAUAACUGUGCAUCUCCCAGUGGCCAGUUGCCAGGACACACCCUCACCUCAAGGAGAUGGUGAUAUCCUGGUCCAGAGCAAGGACCAGUCAGUGGGUCUCCCCCUCCCAAUUAAAGAAAGCAAAAGUUCAAAGAUCCAGAAGGACAUGGACAGCCCCAGGACCUCAGGCUGCAACAGUCCCACAGAUGACUCAAAUGAGAGGGCGCUGCCCGAAAGACCAGAAAACUCCGGAGAUCCCACACUGGGACGCUUCUUGCUGAGUACGGACGGUGAAAACGUCCGCCAAUCUCUCGCGAGGCGCACGGGAACAGAGGUGCUUCCACUGGGAAAAGCAAACACCAAAUCCAGAGGCAAUCUUCAUCGAAAUCCUUAUGAAACCUCCUCACCUCUGACUCAAGCAACAGAGAAUCAGGGAGCCCCACAGUACUUGGAGGCAGCAGCUCAGAAGAUGGGAGAGCCUCAAAGUUGUAUAAAUAAAGGGCUGAUAUGUUCAAACGGAAAAGAAUUUUACACACGCAAGCUGCACAUCGACAUGACGCCGUUCCUGAAGGAACAUGAAGAUGAAACUGACUCCCAUGAAGAACCAGGAGGACCCCACGGAGGGAAUGACGAAGACAGCCAAGACCUGGAGCCAAGAGACAUGACUCUUGACCCCUUCAGUACUCCCAUGGAUGAGUACAACCAGACUUCUGAGGCUGACACCUUGAAAAGCACGGACAGGGAUCUGCAUAGAGGACUACUAGAACAUGAGCCUGAAUCCCCAGAGAAGCUGGGGUCUGAGACCGCAUCUCUUCAUCCAAGGGAAAAAAACAAGAAAAAGGAACCCAAAUCGUUCAGCCAGCCCACCUCAGCUGCCGCCAGUCACGGAAAGGAUUUGGUUGACAAGGCGAAGAGGAAAAAAAGAACCAAGACAAACAAGGCCAGAGAACCCAAAACAGAGAGAGAAGGAAGGGUCUUGGGGCACGCAGAGGCUGCUGGAGGAAAGUCAAAGGAUUCAAGAACCGAAAAGAAAUCAGAGCUAAUUCCGAGAGAAAAGAAACCAAGAAUCAAAGUGAAAAGGACGCAUAAAGAAAGGAACGUGGAGAAGGCAGAAGAGCUGAGUGAGCCCAACGUCACUAACUCUGAGGAAGCAGGUGGUACCUCAGAGAACGGGCUUCUCCGUCCACAUUCUGCCACCAAGGACCCUUGGCUUUCUCCUGAAUCAGAUGCUCUGGAGAGCCAGGUUUCUAUAGAUGGAAGAUUGUCACACACACAGGCCACAGGUGUCACUAACAACAUGGAACCCGAAAAAGAGAGAAGCCCUGAAGACCCUUCCAAGGCCCUCCUGGAUAAGGCUUCUCGGGACCGAAUUCGCCUAGAGAGGGCAGAGAUGAGGCGGUUGGAGGUGGAGCGGAAGAGGAGGGAGCAGGAAGAGUUGGCCAGGCUCCAUAAGGAGCAGCUGGAGAGAGCAGAGAAGAUGAAGGAGGAGCUGGAACUGGAGCAGCAGAGGCGCGCUGAGGAGAUCCGCCUGAGGAAGCAGAGGCUGGAGGAAGAACGGCAGCGGCAGGAGGAAGAGGAGAGGAAGAGGAGGCGCCAGCUGCAGGCGGCCCAGGAGAGAGCCCGGCAGCAGCAAGAGGAGCUCCGGAGGAAACUACAAGAACUGCAGAGAAAAAGGCAGCAGGAGGAGGUGGAGAGGGCUGAGGCGGAGAAGCAACGGCAGAGAGAACUGGAAAUGCAGUUAGCAGAAGAACAGAAACGCCUGUUGGAAAUGGCUGAAGAAGAACGGCUGGAGUACCAGUGGCAGAAACUGGAGGCAGAAGAGAAGGCUCGGCGGGAGGCUGAAGAAAAGAGGCAACGGGAAGAGGCAGCGGCAAGGCUGGCUCUGGAGGAAGCCGUGAAACUUGCCCAGGAACAAGACAGGCAAAAAGCAGCUUUGGAGAAACAGCUUCAUUUUCAUCAAGAACUCUUAAAGGAAGCCAGCGGUCUGCAGUGGACACAGAACAUUUCCAGACCAUGGGUCUACUCAUAUUUCCAGUUCCUGCAAAUCCCCAAGCCAUAA